GUCCAGGUGCACAGUUCAGGAGCAGAGCUUCUGUUGCAGGUGGAUGCAGGCCAGUGGAGGGGGCUGUGAGGAUCAGCUUCCUUAGGGAUGGACUUAGCUUGUUCCCUGAGCUCUACACCAACUGGGACAGUGUGCCAAAUGAUGAUGGUGGAGAAGCCACAUGGAUCUGACAGCCCUCGAGGAGGCCAGGAGAGGAGCCGGAGGGGCAUCCUGCGGUCCACCAAGAGGGCCUGGGCCCCCCUGGAAGAGCAGCCGCCCCCAGGCUCUGAGGAGGAAGGCCAGAGUCGCCCCACGCCCGCGCUAGACGGUUCCAAACAAGAACGUAUUCAGCUGUGGCUGGACUCUGGGUCCUUUGUCUCUGUAGAUGAAAACUUUCAGCAAGUCACCGACCACACAGUUUUCUCGCAUGAACAAGGAAUGGUUCAGAUGACUGUGAAAGACUACCUGAGAUCUCUGCACCAAUGUUCAGAAACUCCCACCCUAUCCAGAGGGACCAGCUUCAACUCGUGCCAUUCUGCUGUGAGUAUACCACAAAGCAUUCCUGAGUGGCUGGAAUUUGGGGAAAAAGAUCCAGUGGACAUUCUGUUGGAUCUGGGGUUUGGUGCUGACGAGCCAGACAUCUGUACACAAAUUCCAGCCAGAUUCCUGGGUUGUGACUCAGCAGCCACAGGGAUCAAUAUCCAUGUUUUUCUUGAAGCUCAAAAGCAGCGAAUGGACAUUGAGAACCCUAACUUGUAUGGCCGUUUCCAACAGCUGGAAAUCCUGGGUCAGGUGGCCAAUGCCUUCUCAUCUUUGCUGAAUGAUGUUAGCACCUGGCAGAGCAAAGCUGAAGAGAAAGACGAAGAGGAAAAUAUGCAAAGAACUUUAGUGAGUGGAGCCGAAGGACAUCCAGGAAGAGAGGGGGAACUUUUCAGAAGAGCCUCGAAGCAGAUCAGGCGCGACAGUAGUUCAGAAGUGUCAGGGUCUCUGAAGAAGAGGGAACGUUUUUCCAGCACCUGUGCAGGACCAGGGGGAUGUGCAAUAGAGUCACCAGCCGUGACAGACAACCUCGACCAAAGUCAUUCAUCUCCUUCGGCCGAGCAUUGGUCUCUCCAAGCCUGUGAUGACUUGAUACCUUGUCGUCCUCCCAGAGCUCUUCUGAAAAGGCGCUGGCCUUACUCAUCCAUGCUAGCCAAGCGGACUCCUCCUUCCUGUGUGUCUGAGGGGUCAGUCAAGGACAGAACUCGGAAAGAAAAUGCGAUUCAGACUAACAAGCUCAAGAACUUAUCUGGGGUGGGGAAGGCACCAGACUCCUUCGAAAUGGAAGAGGUCCAGAGCUUUGAAGAGGAGAUUGGUGAUCACCCUGACCUGACUUCAGGAACUAAAGGCACCACAGUGAGCAGAGCAAACAGCUGCCAGUCUGACAGCAGCGGGUUCCUGGAGGAGCCACCGGACCCGCCAGCCCUGCAGGUGCCCUCCUUGCCUGGAGGACCAAGUCCUGCUGAAAAUGGAAGUAGAAAGCCCAGGGGUCAGGGCCAGCACUCAGGGGCACUCCAGGACUGCCAGCCAGAGGCAGGCGAGUCUGGCUCCAAAAGUGUGGUGAGCACAGCUUCUUCCGGUCAAGACUGGAGUGUCUUAGAGGACAAGUCUUCAACAGCUGUGGUGGAGAAAGAGUCUCAACUCGAGGCCACGGGGGGACCACCAGAACGGUUGGCCUCAGAUAUGGCCCUGGACGUGGCCAGCACUGGGGGAGAACACCCCAGGAAAGACAGCCAUCAGAGGCAGCCCCCACCCGUGCCCCACACCCAGCAUGAGGCCAAUGUCGGCACACCGGCCUCCAGACGUGACCAUCCUCUGGAGUUUAUGGUGACCCACCGCACAGAAGGGAAGGAUGGGUUCCUGAGGCCGGAGGGAGCAGGGGGCCUGUGUGUGCAGAGCCUCCACUGUGAGCCUCAGAGGUCACCUGGAGUGGGUCACCCUCAAGACAAGUUCCUUCCUGUUGACUUUGAGGCCCCAAGAGAAGCAGAAAGCAGUCAACUCUGCCCUGACAUCAACUGCACCUUCCUGACUCAGCAUGUCCCCAAGCCCGGCGAGGCCACGCCCCAUACAGUUGACCUUAUUCAAACAUCUGAGAAGUCCGUUCCCCACCCCGAUAAGCUGUCUGGAGGUACCUCUCCCCAAAUGAAGCCAAGGUGUAGAGCUUGGGGUCACAUACCACCCGUGGCAGAAUCUGAGAUGGGAACCCUUUCUUCAGAUGCUGACUCAAGCGCUGUCAGCUCCGAGUCUGUGACAACCCAGAUGUCCUGCAACCUGGUGUCAGCUGCUCAGAAUGCUGUGGCCUUGGGGACUGAUUCUAGAAGAACAACUUUAGAAUGCACUGUGUGUGACCCUGUUAGCACAGCAGAACCUGUCCUGGGGGCCGAAGCCAGGCAGUUCAGUGAUGUCUCUGUUCAGGCUUCUUUGUGUGAGCCCAGGUCCUGGCAUCGCUGGUCAGCUCCAGGAAACGGGGCCCGGCCCCUCACCAAAUCUGUCUCUCUAGACACGGGCUUCCCUAGUCCCUGCCCAGAGGACAUCUGCCGUGCUGCACCUGCCCCCUGCUGUGACUGCUGUCAUCGCCAUCCCCACCGCCACUCGGCCUGCGGGCAUGGCCCGCGCUGGCACGGUCACCCAGAAGCCCAGUUCAUGAAGACUGCGGUGCGGGAGCUGUGCUCUUACACAGCCUUGGAGAUGGAAGCAAUGAGGACGCUCUGCCGGUGUUUCCAGGAGCACUUGGAGGACAUGGAAAAGCACCUCACAGGGCAGCAGGCCCUCUUUUCCAGGGACAUGUCCGAAGAGGAGAGGAAGGAGGCCGAGCAACUGCAGACUUUACGCAAGGCCCUGCGGCAGCAGGUGGAGGAGCUGGAGCUACAGUUAGGAGACCGGGCUCAGCAAAUCAGACAAGGGAUCCUGUUGCAGCUUGAUCUUCUCACAGGAGAACCACCUGCAUACGAUACAAACCCGCACCCUUAUGACUGGACAGAAGAAAAGAAUGGCCAGAUUUCACACACCCACAUCCACCCAGCCAUGGCCCCUGGGGCUGCCUUUCCUCUGGACGAUGGCCAGCAGGCUCCCUGCUCAGGGGAAAGGCCAUGCGAAGACCCAGAGGAAAGGCAGCCGUCUACAAGCCAGGAAGAGAGUCCUCAGCAGAAACCAGCCCUGCUGGUACCUUGAUCUUGAACUUCUGGCCUCUAGAACUCUGAACCAAGUGAACCUCUGUUGUCUGAGCCGCCCGGAUGGUGAUGUUCUAUGACGGCAGCCCAGAUUUCCAUUCUGAGAAGUGGGGUGCUGCUGUAACAAAUGAUCUAAAAACAUGAGAGCGGCUCUGGUGCUGGGCAAAGGGUUGGGGCUGGAAGAGUUUUGGGGUGCCUAUCUCUUCAGAACAAGCUUUCUCUGUCUUUUCUGGGUGGUAGUCUAUCCCGUUUAGUUCUCAACGCCUCGGUAUGUUGCUUAUGAUGAAGUCCUAUGCAUCAUAGGUCAUGAUGGGUCCAAUCCUUUAUAUACAGAUUGAAAGGAUCCCUUUCUCUUGCUAACUCCUCUCUGUGAAUCCCCCCACCUUCUCUGACUCCUACGAGUUCCUUUUCCUGGCUCUGCCUACAGAACCCUGGUUUUAGCAUCCAUGCACGAUAAUGAACUUUCUGAAACUGGGUCUACCUCAGGGAAAAAAAGCAAAACAAGAGCCUACCGAUUCCCCACUGCUGGAGUUGCUAUACCCGAUGCCACCUCCACGGCUGCUGCCAUUGCCACUGCCAUGGGGAUGCCACUUCCUUGGCAUGCUGAUCGUAGGGCUUAGAGGGGAGAGAUCUCUUUUCCCAUCAGCUCCUUCCCCAACCCUCUAGCCCAAGAGAGAGGAUUUUUCUUGAAUUUUUCUUUUUCUGUUUCACAGUUUCAAGAUUCAGGCUGCCCUGGAAUCUAAGCCAGAAAAUAGGGGAGGAAAGAAACUCAUCUCCAGGAGCUAGUUCUUUGAGUUUUUUAUUCUCUUCCCCAGUUGACUUGCUAUUACAUACUUUUAAGAGUCUUCAGGUAGUUGCUCUGCAUAUACUGAAUAGGACUUUUCAUUAUAAUCAGUGGGAAAGAAAGGGAGGAGCACUUACUCUAUCUUAAUCAGAACUGAAAUUUGCCAACCUAAAGUGAUAUAAAUAUUCAUAUUAUCAUAAAAGAUGCUCAAUGUAAGUCAGAUAGAAGAACAACAAACAUGGUAAAAUCAUUAUCCCCAUUUUAAAGAUGAGGAAUCAGAGACUUGCAGGGACUAAGUGGCUUGCUCAAUGUCACACAACUGGACAACCAGGCCUGAGCCUGGGCUGGCCUGACUGCAGCACCGCCACCCCAGCUCUGCCUCGUGCCCAAGAGGGGCAAGAGGUGUAGACGCUCAGAUUACAUGUGAGGAUCAGGCAGUCGUCCUCUCUGAGGCCUGUGCUUUCCUAGCUUUCAGCAUCGAUUAGGUCAAGUUGAAAGAUGUGCUUAUGCACAGGGCAGGUUGGGAUUUAAUAUUGCUUUGUGUUGGUUAUUGGGCAGGUGUUUGUUUAAAGAAAGUGGAAACAGGUGUGUGGGCCCUGAUUCAAUUACAUGAUGGAGAGGAACACACUGAUCCAUGGCCAUUUUCAAGGAGAGAUGCUGAUUGUGCUAAUUAAUCAUUUGUCUGUCAGGACAUAAUAGAAACUGAUGUUCCAGUUACCAUUGGAAUGGAACACAGACUCACGUGUCUGGCUCCCCAGCAACCAGAUGCAACUGUUUAUGAUGACAGCAAUGAAGAUGCAGUACCUGAAUCCUCCUGGAUUACCAGGUCUGAGAUGGUUUGAAGGAAAGGUGUUUUAUAAACUCGUGCCAAUAGCACGGGACAUCAUCCAACAGGAAUUGUCUCUCAAAGGAAUUUUUCCCUUCAAAGAGAUUUAUUGAGACCUUUUAGGUCAGGAUGGCAUCCCAGAGAUGGGGCUGAAUGGAGUACUUUCCCACGCUGUGUGGCACAGCACUCAAUCCACCUCACCUAACCAAGACAUCUAUGCUCAGAAUGGAGUGUCAUCAUAAUUCUGAGUGGUCUUUUAAAAACAUAAAUCAGAUACUUUGCUCUCCCACAUAAGAAUCUCCAGUGACUUUUCAGUACAUUUAUAAUUAAAUCCCGACUCUCUACCAAGAUCUACAAAGCUCUAUACAACCCCACCCUGCAUCCCUCUAUGACCUCAUAUCAUACUGCUCUCUUCCUCUCUGUCUCCCUCUUACUGUGAUUCAAUUUCUUGGAUCUUCUUGCUAAUUCCUGGUCACCUUAGGCCAUUUUGACUUCAGGAGCAUUUUGGGUGCUGUUCCUUCUUUGCAUUUGCUAUUCCGCUUUCCCCAAAUAUUCAGAGGGCUGGGAUCUUCUCAUUCACAUCUCUGUUCAAAUGCCACUCCUUCAGGAAAGCUUCCCUUAACAACCCUAUGCGAAAUGGGGCUUCUUCCUGUAUACAUUUCUAUUUAUUUUCUGCCCACUUAUCCGGCUUUGUUUUCUUCAUAGCAUUUAUUAUGUGGAUUUUUAUUGCUUUAUUUGUUUACUUGUUCAGUGGCUGUAUCCCUUCCUAGAAUGUAAACUUUAUGGGGAAGAGACUUGUCUGUCAUCUUUCCAUAUUUUAUCCCGAGGCCUAAAACAUAGAAGAAUUUGAUGAGUGAAUGGACAAGAGAAUUAAUUCACUCAUUCGUGAACAUAUCGACACUAAUAAACAUUGGGUAUACAUAAAUAAGACAUAGUCUAAUCCACCAAGGAAUUUUUAGUUUGGGGAGGAAAACACACAUAGCUAAGAAUCUCUUCAUGUUACUUCUUUGUUUAUACCUUUCAGAAACUCCCCAUCAAUAGCAAGGUUUUUGAGUCUGGGAUCAUCAGUUUCACCAGGCAGUGGAGACAUUGAGAAAAAAAUUAUUAGGACAACAUGGCAAGUCUUUAAUAAAGUUAAUGCAACCUAAGCAAUAGUGUUCUCACUUUUGCUUCAGAAUUCACCUCCUUUUAAGUUAGAGGAGUUGUCUCUUCAUUGCAGGGAAGCCAGCCACCAAAGACCAUGUAUUUUAUGGUCUCGCUGAUAUAAAAUGUCCAGAAUAAUCAAAUUUGUAGAGACAGAACAUAGACUGGCGUUUGUCUAGGGCUAGACAAUGAAGCAGGGGAAUGGACAUGACUGCUAAUGAUGGUACAAGAUUUCUUUUGGGGGCGAUGAAAAUAUCCAGAAAUUAAAUUAUGGUGAUGAUUACACAAUACUGAACAUACCCUAAAAACCAUUACAUUGUUCACUUUCAUUACAGUGUAUGUAAAUUAUAUCUCAGCAAAGUGCUGAAAACAAAUAAGGCAAGCGAGCAAACACCUGAGUCAGAGUGUCUCCUGAGAGGAAAGGGAAAAUCCAUCACCUGUAUUUGCUGGGACUGAAUUUGCCCAGAAAGAAGGUGAGGGUGGAGCCAGUGGAGGAAGGAGGAAGUAGGGACCAGGUCCGAUAGGGGCUCUAGCCAUGGCUGGGAGUUGGAUUUUAUUUUGAAUGUAGUGAGAAGCCAUUGAAGGGUUUGAAGUUGGACAGUGACAGAAUGUGGUGCAUAUUAACAUCUUAUAAGAAUGCCUUGUAUGUGGUUGACUCCAGGCACGAAAGGACGCAGCGAGACCUACUAUAGUAAUAUGGGCAGCACUCAAACUGUAAUAGAUUUAUUUUAUUCUCUUUCUUUCCUCUUCUUUUCAUCAUAAACAAAAAGUAAGGUCACUUUAUAUUUAGCAGAAAACUCCUCAUGAAUUGUCCCAGAAAAAGACACUAGCCAAAAUAUCCGAACCCCUAUUAACCUUUAGUACCUCAAACAAGCCGUACAUCACUGGUCACAAGAGAACAAUCUAUUAAUAAUGAAAAAUGUAGACUACUCUUAUAUAAUUGGUCCUUAUAGAAAUGGUAUUAUCCUAAUUUAGUAUCAAAACCUGCUUUUCAUUCCAAAUAGCACUAUCAGAGUAAAGCACAGGCCACCUAUUUGUCUAUCAACUCUAUACCAAUUUCCUGGCUCACAGCAGCCAAUGGUUUUCCUACAUCACAAACCAACUACAGUCUUCAGUGCUAUAUUUGGAAAAGGAACAAUAAGGCAUCUGUAGAAAAACAGCAUUUGCAUUAGACUCCACUUCUUGUCUAAGGGGUUAUUUUCACUGAGCAAUCUCAAGUGGGCGGCAAAGAAUAGACAGGCUUUGUUAGACCAUUACUCAUGUAAUGAGAUUUGAGGUCUGCUAUUCAACACAUUUUUCAAUGGGCACUUUCCCCAGGGCUGAAUUGCUGCCUACAGACAGUUUGAUUAUCAAAUACAAUUUUAAAAUAAAAGAGUACAAAAUGCCCCUUCUCUUCUCUGUCCCCCAUCCUUCAGAGUUUGUCAGUUUAUCUCAUAGAGGAAGUUUGCUCAGCCAGGGACUAUGCUCAGCCUUGGAAUGCCUGACUCCUUUAGCCAUCCUUGUGACAGGUCCCAAGCUAUUACUACAGUUGACCCAAGUAUUUCUGUCAGGAGCCAGUUGACCUUGAAGUAUGAGUGAUUUGACACCUUGUCUUUCAGUCAGUUCCAAACAUUCAUAUACCACAUGCCCACUUCUCCAUAAAGUUGAGCCAGACCCAUUGGGGAUUGUAAUGAUCCUUCAAGAGCCUGUUUAUCAAUUAAUACCUGCUCCUGCUUUGGCCCAAUUUUCUUCCAGGUUCUUUCCUUUAUGAUCCUGCACAUCUGACUGUGACCUCUGUUUUGCCUUUCAUUUCUCUAACUGGUAACUAUUGACAGUUAGAGCUUGGAUUCUAGAGAAACCAUGCUGCCCCUUAAGAAAGACUACAGGUAACUAGAACUUCAGGCCCAAGCCCUGUGGUUUUUGUGGCUUCUCUUGCUUGUUCUCAUCAUUAGGAUCUUGCAGUUUUCUGCAUCUUAACUCGUAGCAGAAGUUGCUCCCCAUGUGUGGAUAUAAUGAGUACAUAUCGAAGGUUCAUGGAGCUAUCGCCUCUUACUAGAUGUUCUCACGCAUGAUUUUCAAAAUUCCACUGAGUCACCAAAUAUAGAUUUUUGUCUAAGUUGAUCCAGGAGGUUCCUAUUUGACAAAAUUAAACUUGAUUUUAUCAUUAACAGGAAUUUUAGGGGUGGGUAUAUGAGGCAAAGGAAAAGGGAAGAGGUUGAGUAGGUAUCUACUAUAAACCGGGCACUGGGUCACAUACCUUUAUGCUAUUAUCUCUUUUAAAACUCAUCACAACCUUGUAAGACAGAUAUUACUAUCUCCCUGUUACAGGUGGGAAAACGGGGUCUAAGAGAUUAAAUCGUCUGUGGUCUCUCAGACUGUAACUAGAUAUGAUAGCAUC